UAAAGUGCAGUCAGACGGAGAACAUCGGGUGCGGCGCGGGCGGCUCCUGCUCCGGCUGGGACAGGCAGGCACGAUGGCGAGCGAUGACAGCAGACUCUCCGCCGAGGGUUUCCUGGGCUGGGGUGCGGAUGAGGCAGCGGCCCAGGAGCUGGAGACGGAGGAGUCGUCGGAGGGCGAGGAUGAGGAAGCCGAGUCAGAGGAGGAGCCCGAGGCCAGGUUAUCAGAUGAGGAUGAAGAGGGCAAGAUCAAGCAGGAAUGUAUCAUCUCUGACCCCUCCUUUUCCAUGGUAACAGUCCAACAGGAAGACAGCGGAAUAAUCUGGGAGACCAAUUCAAGUAGAUCUUCUACUCCCUGGGCUUCAGAAGAAAGCCAAACUUCUGGUGUAUGUAGCUUGGAAGGGUCAGCCCUGAAUUCUCCCCCAGGGAAUGUUUCCUUCAUUGUGGAUGAAGUUAAAAAGACGCGGAAAAGAACUCAUAAGUCCAAGCGUGGUUCUCCAUCAUUGCGUCGGAAAGGCAGCAAAAAACGAAAUUCUCUGGAAUUGCAAGAUGUUAUGGCGAACAAGGAAGAUGGUUCUUUAAUUUCAGAAAGCUCAGUGCUCAAUACUGAGAAUGAGAAGUCACCUAUUGGCACUUACGAUAAAACAAGAAGAAAGAAGGCAACAUCCAAUACACCUCCCAUCACUGGGGCAAUAUACAAAGAGCACAAGCCAUUAGUGUUGAGGCCAGUCUACAUAGGAACAGUACAAUACAAAAUUAAGAUGUUCAAUUCAGUUAAAGAGGAAUUGAUUCCUCUGCAAUUUUAUGGGACGUUGCCAAAAGGUUAUGUAAUUAAGGAAAUACAUUACAGGAAAGGGAAAGAUGCAUCCAUCAGUCUAGAGCCGGAUUUGAGCAACAGUGGUUCUAACAUAGUUUCCCAAAGAAGUAAAUUAGCAGCUCAAGGCCCAGAAGAUAAUAUGGCAAGAGAGCUUGCUCCGCCCUGGAGAGGUGCCCUCUCCAAAGGGUCAAAGUCCAUGACCUCGUUAUUUAGUCAUGAAGAGCAAAAGAAAAUGUAUGUGGAUCCCCCCUUAAAUGCCAUGUCUGCAACCGAGCACACAUUGUCCUCUUAUUCCAGAAAUGACACAACCCAUCAAGAACAUCCAAGACCUCUACAGACAGCACCACAGCAUCCAACUGAUGAAUUGAAAACCCAGAGAGAGCCACCCAGCACACCAGCAACCACAUUCCUUGAAAAAGCAAAGGAAGAAGAUGAACCAGACUCACAAGGAAUGGAAAGUUCAGAGAAGGAUGCUUCAGUGUUCUCAGGCUCAGCUGCUGAUGUAAAACAGGAAGGCAUGACUUCUGUCAACCAUUCCAAGUCAUGGGAGGCAGAAGAGCCUUUGCCGACAGGACCACCAAGACUGCCACCAUCCAUCCUAGAAAGGUUUGAGCCAUACAAGGAAGAGCUAGAGCCGACUUCAGCAGAAAAGAUUGAAUCAACCUUUGAACACCUGACCUCACCUGAGCCAAUAACCCAUAAAGAGGAGGAGCAUGUGCCUGAGCCCAUAGUCCACAGAGAGGAGGAGCAUGCGCCUGAGCCCACAGGCCACAGAGAGGAGGAGCAUGCGCCUGAGCCCAUAGUCCAUAGAGAGGAGGAGUAUGCGCCUGUGCCCAUAGUCCAUAGAGAGGAGGAGCAUGCGCCUGAGCCUAUAGUCCACAGAGAGGAGGAGCAUGUGCCUGUGCCCAUAGUCCAUAGAGAGGAGGAGCAUGCACCUGAGCCCAUAGUCCAUAGAGAGGAGGAGCAUGCGCCUGAGCCUAUAGUCCACAGAGAGGAGGAGCAUGCGCCUGAGCCACCUGCCACCAGAGCAUCACAGGAACUAGAGAAGGGAAUGGAAAUCACCGAUACCACUGAACCCGAAGAUUCUAGUCUAGAAGAAGAGAUCAUAGAACUUGAUUAUCCAGAAAGUUCAUUAGUUUUUGAGGAGCCUUUCCCAUCACCUUGGUCCCCUGAAGUGGAGCGCAGAGAAGAGCCCAUCCCACCAUCACAGGUGUCAAUUACACCUGAACAUGUCUCUUUUUCUGAGGAGGAAAGAGAGGAAAUUGAGUCUGUUUCUACUGAUUCUGCUUUUGUAUCUGAGUAUUCCGUCCCACGGGUUUUGAACCAUGAACCAGAGAAGCAAGAAGCUGAGGCACUUUCUCUCGCUAAUGUGAAAUCCAGCUCUGAACCUGCAGUUUUCUCGGAGGAGGAUGAUGACGAACGCGAGUCUUAUUCCCCAGCAGUGGCAUCUGAAUCUGAGCACUCUCUCUCUCCAUCCACCAUCGAGAAGACAUCUGCAUCCCAGUCCCCACUCUUUUCACCAGUCACACCAGACCAUCUGGUCCUGUCUGGAGACGAGGCCUCAGAGAGUAGGUGUCACACACCAGGGUCUGCACCUGCUACUGAGUAUUCAGUUACAGUGCACGCUGCACAGGAGUUGCUGGAGAGAACAGGUGACCACAAGCCCCCAUUAAAGUCCCAAGAUGUUUCUGAGUCCAUGAUUCUGACAGAAGAAGAGAGAGAGGACACGGGGCCACACCCGCCAAGAGUGGAUGCUACUUCUGAAUCCUCCCAUUCUCCAUCGCUAACUGAGAAGAGUUCUGAACGCCUGGCUGCCACACUGAGACAUGCAGCAGUAUCGGAAGAUGGGGACCUAGAAAGAGAACAUGCCACAUCAGAUUCAAAACUGACAUUUAAAUCCUCAACUCCACAAGAUGAAACACAGGAAUCUCCCCCCAAAACAAUUGGUGGUGUGCCCCAGUUCAAACCCAAAGGCAUUUCUGAACCCGUGACUCUGUUAGAAGAAGAAAAGGAAGAUGUUGGGUCAUCUUCACCAGAUGUGGUGUCUGCGCCACACCCUGUCCCACCACACGCAGCUGAGAUGCUUUCUGAAUGCCAGAUCCCACUUCCUUCAGACACCACAUCUGAACACAUGGUCCCCCAGGAAGAAGAGACCAUAGCGGGUCAGCGGUAUCCGUUUUCCUCCACACCGGCUUCUGAACGCUCAGUGCCAACACCAUCUGUAACACCAGAGUCCCAGGAGGAAGAGGUUGUCCACACGUCCCCUCUGCUUCUGAAAGGUGCCACCUCACCCACAAAUCUAUCAGAGCAAGAGAAGGAAGAAGGAGAUGUUGGGCCCUUCUCCCCUGAUUCUGCAUUUGUGUCAGAAUUCUCAUUCUCACCCUAUCCGACUCAGGAAAUAGAGAAAAGAGAGCUGGGGCGUGAUUCUCCACUGUGCUUGACAUCACCAUCUGAGCAUACUGUUUUGUCAGAUGAGGACACGGAAGAGCUUUUUUCUCCCGAUUCAGCAUCACAAGUUUCCAUCCCACCAUACAGAAUCCCAGAAACACAGCAAAACGAGGUCCAGGCAGACUUGUCACUAACUAUGAGAUCUGCUCCAGAAUAUCCCUACUUCUCUGCAGUAGAUGAGGAAGAGUCAGCAUCAUCAGUGCUCACGCCUGAGCCCGAACAGUGUGAUCCAUCACAGGAACAAGAGGCUGAGUCCUUCCCAUUCAUGCCUGUACCCGAUGACCUGAGCCUGCCACCUUCAGCAAAUAAAACAGGCCAAGCAGAAAUUGUGCCAGAUGCUCCAACAAUCUCAACAUCUGUAUCCGAAUAUCUCAUCCUGGCUCAGCAGCAGAAAACCCAAGUGUCCUUGGAGCCAGAGGCUGAAGAUUUGUUAUCACCACCACCUUUAACCAGUGGAUGGGAGAAGGGGGUUGUGGAGAGUAGUUCAGCAGCAGCUACAGCAGCUGCUUCUUUAUCCACACUGUCGUUAGUGGCAAAGGAGGAAGCCCAGCCCACUUUGCCCACAUCUCAGUCCUCAGUUCCACCUGAGUCAGCCUGUGUUCUUAAGACAGAACGGGAACCCAAAGCAUCACUAACUCUAAAAUCUGCACAGGAACAGAUGGCUUUGCCAAGAGUCAGGAGGGAAGGAACUGUGCCGGGUUCUCAAGAAGCCGCAGCACAUACAUCACAGGAUCCGACACCAGAGCCUCAGCCCCCAAACGUUCCAGGGUCUGGGAUGGAAAAUUCAGUUUUGUCUGACUCGGUAGAGGAGCCAAAGGCGGAUGUCAAACCCGAUUUAGCUCCAACUGUGACUUCUGAACUAGGACACAGAAUGUUGUCAAAGAAUGAGCCUGAAGUGUCAAAACCAUAUUCACUUCCAGAGGAGACAUCUAUUCCUAGAGACGAGGUUUUAUCUGGAGUGAAAACAGGAGUGAAGCAGGACUCCAGAGUAAGCAGGGAACUUCCUGCAGCCUCGUCGGUAGCAGAAAGGGAAGCUGAACGUCGUCCACCUGCACCACCAGCAUUUUCAGCUUCAUCAGAAGAAAUGCAGAAAGAAACCGAAGCCAGCCUUUUAGCCACCACAGUACCAACAACUAAGCCCGAUUCGAUUUUAACUGCAUCAGGCAUAGAUGAAACCCUGGCAGACUCAUCUCUCACCAGUCCUGAGGGACACCCCGGCUUUAAGCAAGCAGGGAAGAGUGAAUUAGGCAGAGACUCGCCACCACUCUUGGUGUCUGUCUCUGAGGUGUCAAAGUCACAACCCAAACUUCCCAUCAACUUAGGUGGUGAAGUAAAGAAAGAAAACAGUGAGCUUCCUCUAUCACAAAUGUCACCUGCACCCAAACACUCAGUUCCAAAUGACAAACCUGAGGAGAUAAUAAGGUCUCCUGAGUCUGAAAAUUUUGUGUCAGAUGCUUUAGCCCCAUCACUACUGGCCCUUAGGGAUGAAGUGAACAGACAAUCAGAGGAGACAUCUUCCUCAGUACUGGGGGGUUUCCUGUCAGGAAAGCGAGAGCUCAUAAAGCUCCCCCCAGAGCCUGAGAAGAAAGACAAACAGUUAUUAGAAGCACCAACUGCUGGGUCAGAACUCAUUGGUAGUAGAGGUAGAAGUGGGUCCUUAGGUGUAGAACCAGUAAAACCCCUUGUAACUGAACCAGUAACUGAAGAGGGCCCCACUGAGCUUAGGGGCAGAGGAAAAGAACAAGAAGAAAACAGGGAGUUCCCUGCAUCUGCCACAUCUCCAUUAGAGACAGCCUCUUCUAACCUCACUGUAAGGCAAACGGAGCUUGCAAAAACCCUACAUGAGGGGCAAGCUGUUAAGGUGCCUGAUAUGAACAGCUCUUUUGCAGAUAAACCAGAUCUGGGUAUUCAACAAUUCUCAGACAGAAAAGAUAAUUUGGAGCAAUCCAAAUCAUUUACGACAACUGAGCCUGCCAAUGUUACAGUAACAAACGUGAAGGGGGCGCUCUUUUCUCCAAAGGAUAACACCUGCAUGCUGGAAAAACCAGACAACUUGGCCAAUCAGCAUGAAGAUAGAAAACCAGGAUCUGGGAUGCUGGAGUUCUCUAAUAGCGAUGAUCUGAUGCCAGGGAAACUUGAGGCUGCUCCAUUGGAUACAGGUCACAUAUCUGGAAUCAGAAAGCAGGUUCUAUCACAAGCUAUGGAAGAACCUCAUUUGCCAUUGCAAGAACAAGAAUCUACCCUACAUAUAUUUAGUGGUGGGAUAGAAACCUCAUCCACCAAGACUUCCCUUUCUGAAGAAAUAAACUUGUCUCAGGAACCUCAGCCUGUGGUUCCAGCUGCAAGGGUGGUGAGAGGCAGAACAGAGGACAGGCAGAUCAAUUCUCUCACACAGAGUGAAAGUCUGCUAUCAGAGAAAGAAAAUGCAGAAUGUCCCAGGCCUUGCAAAGAAGAAACCCAGGAGGAAAUCAAACUACCUCUUGAAAGAACUCUCCAGAAAUCAGAGCCUGGCCCAUCUGUGGAACAGGUAAGGGCAGAAACCCCCUCGAUUCCUGCCAGAGCAGCACAAUUCCUGGCCGAAGUUGCAGAACCUAUGCUGGGCAAAGACCAAGAAGCAAGCACAGUACCAGUGUCUGGUGAGAAGGCAUCUCAAGAACCCAAAUGGGUACAGUCAAAGACUGUAGAUGAUGUUGGUGAAAGGAGAAAACCAGCCCCUGACCAGAAAGUGUCCACCCCAAGUAAAUCUGUCCCUGCAGUCACAGCACACAUUACACCUCCACCCCCUGAGACACCAGAGGUGACACAAAGGCCACCUGAGAAGUCAUUGGUGGCUGAGCAAGGUCUUCCUGCAGAGAAGGGGAAGAAAGGAAUGUCAUCCUUCAAAUCAUGGAUGUCUAGUUUAUUGUUUGGAUCAAGCUCUCCAGAUAAUAAGGUCAGUGACAAAGAAGACUCAGAAGCCCAGUCGAGUCCCUCUGUAGAGAAAACAGCAGCUGUGGUAGAGCCAAAAGGUGCAGUUCCUACUGAGCUUAACACAGUUAAACUGGCUGACGAACCCAAAGCCAGUCAAAGUCAAGACCUCAAAGAAAAACUCAUAUUUUUAUCAAAUGCAGAAGUUUUAAACCAGCCAGAAUCCAACACUGAAAAUUAUGGGAAGAAAGAACCUCCAGGCUAUUCAGAGGGAAUGGGUGUGAGCUCAGCUACGUCAGCUGGUGACAAACAUCUUGGAAUUGAACCUUGUUCUCCCUCGGGUGAGAAACUGGUUAUGGAAGAAGCCCCAGACGCUGUUGCUCUUCAUGUUACUGAGAGCCAAAGACACCAGAAGCCACAAAUCUCUCCUCCAUCCACGUGGAGGAUUUCUGCUCUGAAGGAAGAACCGAACAGUGAUGGCAGUCAAACAUUGCUCCUGUCAUCUGACAUAGAAGAUAAAAUGCUGCAAUGGCCAAAAUCAGUUCCAUCCCAGUUCUCAAGCACGAAGGACUCAGAGAAGCCAGCGCCAGAGAUUUUACCAGUGGAAUCAAAAGGCGGUUUAAUUGAUCUUGGUGAACACAGACCAAGAAAAGAAAUGCCAGAACCCGCUGCUUGGAAACAUCAGGAAGAGGAAGUCAAACGCCCAGCCGAGGAGGAGGAUAGCUGGGAAAUUAGAUCAUUUUCCCUGGCAGAGAAGAGGGGCCUGGCAGAAAAACAAGAAAUCAUGGCUCCCUUGGCGCUUAGGGAAAAUGAGGUGGCAGGAAAGUUGCAAAAGACGCUGGAAUCUCGACCUUUUAAAUUGGAAGAAUUGAAAGCUGCUGAGAAGCUGGAACCGCGCAUCUCUCCAAGUGAAGAGCUCACGGAAAAACCCAGUGUGACUCUUGCUUCGGAGGAGAGGAGAGAAAAGGAAGAGAGGACAUGGGCAUUUUCAGAAGGAAAGAAGCAGGGACACAGGUCCUACUCUCUGACCGCAGCCAUGCCUAUACCCGAACCAUUGGCUGCGUCUUUGGGCGAAGCUGGAUCACCUUCAUUGGUUAUUGAACAACCAGAACACAUAUCCAUGGAGGUAUACCCAGGAAUAAGGGAGAAAAAGGCAGCAGAAACCCAACUCCAUCCCCUGCGAGAAAGUCAAAUUUUAGUAGAAAAGUCUUCCCGCGUGGAGCCUCCUCACAGGGAGGAAAUGGUUGGCCACCUCGUGACUCAGGGAGGAAAUCUGGAGUUGGAGAAGUCAAGUGACAAUGGAAUGGUUCUCAAAGAGGAGCGGAGGCAGUUCAUAGCGCCCGCGUUGUCCACCGGGGCUUCAUUGACCGCUGUGGAUGAAGGUACACUGCCAGGAUCUCUAUCUAAGGAUGCCGAAAGGACCCCCGAGCACAUUCCUGAUGAGACACAGCAUCUGAGAAUUCAGCUGUCAUCUGUAGAACCACAAACUCUCGUUUCAGGGGCUUCUCUAGAACAUUCGGUGAAGAAACCGGAAACAUGGUCAGAAAGGCCUACGAUCCACACUAUCCAGAUAUCUAAAGAUCGCCCAGCUGGGAUGCCAAAACAGUCUGCUCUUGUGUCAAAGCAUCACUCGGAAGCUGUGGAGGACGAGUGCAGAAACGACCCACUCUCUUCAGCAUCGAGCAACUAUACUCAGUUUAUGCUUAAUGCAUCAGCAAUCAGUGCUGAUGGAACCCUGCCUAAGAGAGGCACGCCCAAGGAGGCUGAAGGCACCUCGGCGAGGGAUGAAGAAUUUGCAGUAACUAGCAAGCCAGCUGGACUUUCGGAGGAUCAGAAGAGUGCCUUUAGCAUCAUUUCCGAAGGCUGUGAGAUACUGAAUAUCCAUGCUCCUGCUUUCAUCCCUUCCGUGGAUCAGGAAGAAAGCGAACAAAUGCAAGAUAAGUUACAGUAUUUGGAGGAGAAAUCCUCCUUUAAAACUAUAUCCCUGCAUGAUGAGAGUGAGGCAGUCGCUUCUCAUAAAACACGGAAGGGCAACUUAGAAGAUUCUGAUAGGAAAGUCACGUCCCUGGCAGAAAACGAGCCAAAGGAAACUCAUAAAACAAGAGAAGAGAUAGCCACAGAGUCCGAAACAGGUGACCUCACUUUCAUUUCACCCACGGUUUCCACUGAGGAGGAUUAUUUUGAAAAAUACACUUUGAUUGAUUAUAACCUCACCCCAGACUCAGAAAAACAGAAAUUAAGUGUUGGAGGAUUCUCAAAGGAAACCACGGAAGCAGUGGCUUCUUUCCGAGAACAUUCAGAUGAACACACCCUAGAACAAGAAUAUGACUUAGAUGAAAGCUUUUACGGGCUAGAAAAGGACUACAGCGAACUAUCUCACGCAGAGAUGCAAGAGUCUCUGGUCAUCCAAACACCAGAUGAUAGAAACGUUUCGAAAGGUGUUGCUAGAGAUGUGGACUCCAGAUCACCUGGGGUGCCUUUGUUUGGUGUGGAGGAAGGAGUUCUAGCAAGAAGCCAGAUAUUUCCUACCACCGCCAAGGCUGUUAACCCAGAGCUUCUAGAGGAACCACCUGCACUUGCGUUUUUAUAUAAGGACCUGUAUGAAGAGGCGUUUGGGGAGAAAAAUGGAGCGGAGUCAGCUUCUGAAGGAGGCAGUGCAGAUUCGGAGGCAUCGUUUCCGAGGAGACAUUCUGACACUGAUGAUGGAACAGGUGUGUAUUUUGAGAAGUAUCUACUCAGAGAUGACACUCUUCACGACACAUCUGUAGCUCAGGAGGAUCAAGGCCAAGGCCUGGAAGAAAAGCCAGUCAGUGAGGAUGAGUCACAUAGACUGAGAGUUGCAGAAAGAGAAAUUGGGAGGAAGCCUGGAUCUAGUUUUUGGGAGAGGAAUCUGGAAGAAGAACACAAGGCUGCUGACAGGGAAGGUGACUCCACGGGUCACAGGGAGACCAGUGAUGAAGUGGCAAUGGAGCAGAAAGCUCCCAUUACAGAGGAGGUCAGAGCAGUCACCCAGAAGAUGAGCUAUGCGGUUCCAUUUGAAGACACCCGCCCUGUUCUAGAGAGUGCAGAUGAACCAAGCAGCCAGGGUAACGAAGCAGGAAAUGCCAGUCCAGAGGUCCAGCUGAACAUCCCAGUGCAAGUGUCUUUCCCAGAGGAAGAGUUUGCAGCUAGUGCCGCUUAUGCUCCGGAAAUACCCCAAGAAGAGCUAGUCCCAUCCGUGCCACAAGAAGAGAGGUUCCACAAUAUCCCUGUGCAGGAUGAGUACGAGUUCAUUGACUCUCUGAAUGAAGAAACGGUCAGUGGAGGCAUCUUAGCAGGAGAACCGUCUUCGAAAUCCACACCUCAAGAUGCAUUAUCUCAAGGACCAGAAUCCUCCGAGUGCAUCAAGGAACAUGAAUUCACGAAUGAGGAGGAACCAAGUACGUCUGCUGAACAGAAAGAGUUGGGCAGGAGGAGGACAGAAAAUGACCAGCCUGCACCGCAGCCAGUUAUGGAUAAGACACGUAAGGAACGGACAAAGGCCCAGGUUGACUCUUACUGCUACACCUGCAAAAGUCCAGUCUCUGAAAUGGACAAGGUGUUGGACAUUCACAGAGACCAUGAAGUUUCAGCGCUUGACACAGCUAUAAGUGCUGUGAAGGUUCAAUUAGGAGAAUUUCUUGAAAACCUACAAGAAAAAUCCUUGAGGAUUGAAGCCUUUGUUAGUGAGAUUGAAUCCUUUUUUAACACCAUUGAGGAAAACUGCAGCAAAAACGAGAAACGACUGGAAGAGCAGAAUGAGGCAAUGAUGAAGAAGGUUUUGGCACAGUAUGAUGAGAAAGCCCAAAGCUUCGAGGAAGUGAAGAGGAAGAAGAUGGAGUUCCUGCAUGACCAGAUGGUCCACUUUCUGCAGAGCAUGGACACAGCAAAGGACACCUUGGAGACCAUCGUGAGAGAAGCCGAGGAGCUUGAUGAGACAGUUUUCCUGGCUUCGUUUGAGGAAAUCAAUGAAAGGCUGCUUUCUGCCAUGGACAGCACGGCCUCCUUAGAGAACAUGCCUGCCGCCUUCUCGCUCUUUGAACAUUAUGAUGACGGCUCGGCACAAGGUGACCAGAUGCUGAAACAAGUGGCUGUCCCACAGCCUCCUAGGCUAGAACCUCAGGAACCAAAUUCUGCUACCAGCACAACAAUCGCAGUGUACUGGAGCACAGACAGGGAGGACGUUGUGGACUCAUUCCAGGUAUACUGCGUGGAGGAACCUCAAGACGACCAAGAAGUAAAUGAAUUGGUAGAAGAAUACAGAUUGACUGUGAAGGAAAGUUACUGCGUUUUUGAAGACUUAGAGCCUGACCGAUGUUAUCACGUGUGGGUGAUGGCCAUCAACUUCACCGGAUGUAGUCUGCCCAGUGAAAGAGCAAUUUUUAGAACAGCACCUUCCACGCCUGUGAUUCAUGCCGAAGAUUGCACCGUGUGCUGGAAUACGGCCACGGUCAGAUGGCGGCCUGCUAACCCCGAGGCCACCGAGACCUACACUCUGGAGUACUGCAGACAAAACUCUCCUGAGGGCGAGGGCCUGAGAUCUUUCUCUGGAAUUAAAGGCCUCCAGCUGAAAGUUAACCUCCAACCCAACGACAAUUACUUCUUCUAUGUGAGAGCCAUCAAUGUGUUUGGGACAAGCGAGCAGAGUGAAGCUGCCCUCAUCUCCACCAGAGGAACUAGAUUUCUCUUAUUGAGAGAAACGGCUCACCCAGCUCUCCAGAUCUCCUCAAAUGGGACAGUGAUCAGCUUCUCAGAGAGGAGACGGCUGACUGAGAUCCCCUCCGUGCUCGGGGAGGAGCUGCCUGCCUGUGGUCAGCAUUACUGGGAAACCACAGUCACAGACUGCCCAGCCUAUCGACUUGGCAUCUGCUGCAGCUCAGCUGUGAGGGCUGGUGCCCUGGGACAAGGGGAGACCUCGUGGUACAUGCAUUGCUCUGAGCCACAAAGGUACACAUUUUUCUAUAGUGGCCUUGUUAGCGAGGUACACGCGACUGAGCGUCCAGCCAGAGUGGGCAUCCUGCUGGACUACACCAAUCAGAGACUUCUAUUUAUAAAUGCUGAGAGUGGACAGCUGCUCUUCAUCGUGAGGCAUAGAUUCAGCGAGGGCGUCCAUCCUGCCUUUGCCCUGGAGAAGCCUGGGAAAUGUACUCUGCAUCUGGGCUUAGAGCCCCCGGAUUCUGUCAGGCACAAGUGAUGCUGGCCAGUCAGAGUUUGUAAGGAUUCAAGUUUGGGGUGGAGAGCUGUCAUCUCUCUCUCCAGUGCUGUGUGUUACACACCUGCACGAUAGCUAGGUAC